AUGGGAUCAAUCAGGCUCUCAUCCACUGAGUACGAAAUUGCAGUUUCCUCUAAUGAGGGUUUGGGUGGAUUGUUCUAUCAGCGGAUGCUUGAAGAUCCCUCGGCUAAGGCAAUCAUCGACGAGGAGGGCAGAAGUCUCACUUAUCGAGCCCUUCACUGGGCAGCUCUCGAGUUGGCACACAGUCUCCACAAGAGAGACUUCAAAGUGGAAGAACCUGUCGGCAUUCUUGUCUACCAUGGAAUUUGGGAUGCCAUCACACAGGUAGCCAUCAUUUACGCGGGAGGAACCUGUAUACCGCUUGAUCCCCUCUUGUCCGAUCAACAAGUCAUCGGUCGUCUACGGCGGCUGGGCGCUCGUUAUAUUCUUGUGGAUGAACCCAACAUGAACCAAAGGUUGUGCAGAUUCGUGGCGUCUCUAUCCUUCAUGUGUCAUACCACGCUCCCUUACCAGUCUGUCCAAAAGACAGACGUCGUAGGCCAUGCCCAUAGCACGAGUUUCGAUAUUACUCUCUUCGAGAUUUGGGGCGCGCUGAUCCAUGGCGCGACGAUCGGCGUACUCACUAAAUCAACACUGCUGGAUAUACAUGGUCUGGGAGUGGCCCUUCGUCGGCUCGGCAUUACCAUCAUGGUAAUCACAGCACCAUUGGUCAAUUUGGCUGCCACUACAUGUCCAGCCACCUUCGCACCCCUUCGAGUAAUUUUGAUGGGCGGAGAAGCGGUUAACUUGGUGGCCAUGAAGACUAUUCUGGUGGCCGGACCCCCGGAGCAUCUCAUUAACGCAUAUGGGCCCACGGAAUGUUGUGUCUAUUGCCUCACUCAUGAGAUCACGAUGGCAGAUAUAGAUGCAGGGUGUGUUAGCAUUGGGAAGCCAAUUGGGCACAAUGUUUGCUGUGUUUGUGACGAUGCGGGUCGAAUACUUCCUGACGGCGAAGAAGGCGAGUUGCUGGUAGGAGGGCCAGGUGUAUCAAUUGGUUAUUUCGACCAGCCUGACAAAAAUUCCGAAUCAUUCAUUUUUGUUGCUGGUAUGGACGAUCCCGUGACUGGCGAGCCCUACCGUAUGUACCGAACCGGUGAUAUGGUACGACGCCGCAGUGACGGCCAGCAUGAGUUCCUCGGACGUCGAGACCACCAGGUUAAAGUCCGUGGGUUCCGAAUUGAGCUCAGUGCUGUCGAUGCAGCUGUCAUGAAUACCGGCCAGUUCUCGGAAGUAGUUGCCAUGCGGAUGGAUGCAAAGGAGAAAGGGGCCGGAUCUACCCUGGUGGCCUUUGUCGUUCUUCGUCCAACCGCUGGGUCUCGCGCCGUGUCAGACGCGAUAGGCAAGCUACGUGCGACGCUACCGGACUAUAUGAUACCACACAUUGAAGUGCUCACCAAAUUACCCCUCAACUCUCAUGCCAAACUAGACCGCCGGAUGCUCAGUGAAAUGUAUCACCAACGGCGGGCCAAGUGUUUAAACGCUGGUUUUGAGACGGGUUUGAGCACAAGAGCGCACGUUUCUGGGAUAUGGGCAGCCAUCUUGGCUACCCCAGUUCCCCGUUACUCGGAUGAAGAUGACUUCUUCGCACACGGAGCCACUUCACUUCAAGCGUCGCUGUUGAUCAGUCAGAUUCGCCAGCAACUCAAAACCGAGAUUUCUCUGCUCACACUCUAUGAGAAUUCAACACUUGGGAAACUGGUCUCUAUCAUUGAGUCUAGUCAAGGAGCCUCGACUCCGACUGUUCGUAACGAGCGUGAGAUGUGGGUGGCCGACACCUUGCUUGCAGAUGACUUGCCGCUUCCGUGUGGGCCGGUCGUUGAUUGGCGCCUGGAUACCGAAGGCCGAGUAUUCUUAACGGGUGGCACUGGUUUUUUGGGAGCAUACAUGUUGGCCGAUCUGCUGAGUAUGCCGAGCGUGUAUCAGGUUGGCUGUCUGGUGCGCGCCGCUGAUGCCGUCGCGGGUCUGGAGCGCUUGAAAGCAGCAUUGGUCAAAUACGGUAUAUGGCGAGAUGCCUUCCUUUUGAAGCUUUUGCCUCUUUGUGGUAAGCUGGAAGAUUAUUGGCUUGGCUUGGGAAAGCGAAGAUUCGGGCAGAUUGCCCAAUGGGCCAGUGUUGUCUUCCAUCUUGGGGCAAAGGUCAAUUACACCCAGCCCUACUCGUUCCAUCGUUCGGCCAACAUUAUUGGCACAGUGAAUGUAGUCAGACUAGCCGUUACUGGCCGACUCAAGGGCUUACAUUACUGCUCCAGUAUCUCUUGCUUCGGACCGACAGGGUUUGUGACCGGCGCCAAACUCAUUUAUGAAGACGCGCCUCUCCUUCCACAUCUAGAUGCGCUCAAGUUCGAUCAUGGAUACGCUCAAAGUCAAUGGGCCGCCGAUGAACUACUUCGGCGACUCACUGGGCGCGGAUUUCCCAUUACCAUAUAUCGACCGGGCUUCAUCACAGGUGACCAUAAUACUGGCGCAUGCAACCCAGAUGACUUUUUCAGCCGGUUGAUUCGUGCCAGCUUGGAUUUGGGCUGCUACCCUGAUCUACCAAAUCAACGCAAAGAAUUCAUUCCCGUCGGCUAUGUAGUAGGCUCCAUGCUACAUAUUUCGUCCAAUAUUUUCGCAUCUGGUCAUGCUUUCCAUUUGGUACCCCGCGGAGAUGCCUCCCUCGGCAUUGGAGAUGCUAUGGAGCUACUGGGGAAAGUGAAGGGUGUCUCCAUACACUGCGUCAGUUAUGAGGAAUGGAUCGAGAAGCUCUCGGCCAGUACGAAUCUCAGUCUCCAACCUUUGCUCCCAAUGCUGGCGGAAAAAGUAUAUCAGGGCCUUAGUCGCUGGGAGUUGUAUGCGAAUAUGCCCAUAUAUGACGAUACCAAUACGAUGCGGGCUCUUAAAACGUAUCCUGGGGGCUUGGAAUGUCCGCAAUUUGACUUUGAACUGAUGAAGAGAUAUGUGGAAUACCUGGUGGGCCCUUGA